GGCCCAGUAAUUCCGCACACUUGCUCUUGUUACUACACGCCAAUGAAAUAACCCAACUGCUGUGAUGAAAAAUAUUGCCAAUUGAUAUAAAUGACUAUUGGAACAAAUGUUUCAUUUCGAACAAAUACUGCCAAAAAUUCAGUAGAUUCUGAUCAAGCAACAGAAAAUCUAAUCAAAAUUAUUUUAUCGAAUUGAUAGAAGCAAAGGUAUCAUAUACCUCAUCUAAAUAUCAUGAACGUGAUCAGGAGCCACCUUCGAAAUUAACGCAAGCAAUAAUUCAAUCAAACGCGGCUUAACCCAGCUCUCUGUUUAGUAAACAUACCCUUAUCACAAUCCAAUGAGGACCUUAUCCUUCCUGCGUUGGUACUAACGGUAUAUUAAUUAUGAUGUGCUGCGACAAAUAGAAAAGUGAACCUAAUUACCAAUAAAACAAAGCCGACUUUCCUACACUGAAUAGUCUCAGUGAACUGAUUGUGUAGUUUGGUUGUGUUGAGCCAUGGAGACCGCGUUAAUAACAACUCUCAUUUAUUUUUUCGUUGUGAACUCUUUCCAGCCAGCCACGUGCCGAGAUGACGAAAAGAUAAUGAAAUCUUGCUACUGGCCUAACGAGGUUUUCGAGCCAUGCUUCGGUGGCUGCGCCGAGGUCUCCUGCGACAACCCUCGCAACCACCUGCGGCCGUGCUACCCCUACUGUGAGCCCGGCUGCGUGUGCGAGGAGCCUUAUGUGAGAGACGAGCGCACGCACCAGUGUGUCCUGCCGCAAGACUGCUCGCCGACACAGAUGGGAAUACCGGUGCCGACUAAAAGAGUCCCUGUCGAGAAGCCCCCACCCCCGCCGAAAUAUCAACCCCCCAAACCCCGCAUGCACGCCAGACGAGAAGACAUAUUACCAGAGUUGGACAACGAGCCUCCUUUCCCUCCUCGAAUCGACGAAAAUAGUAUAAAGAGGGCUCAGGAUAACUCCCGUAUGGGCAACUACUUCAAUAUCGUCAUCGCACCGCCACCAAUCAAGGCUAUUCAACCCAGGAAACUACUUCAAUCAAAACAUGCUAUGUAAAACAAGGACAAAAGAUUUUACAAUAAACAUUACUUUUAUUUACUUAAA